UUUUCUCAGUUUUCUCAGUUUUCUCAGUUUUCUUUUUGUCUUCUUCUCAUCACAAUGCGACGACGCGAUCGCAGCGCGUUUGUGCUCGCGGCUGCGGUAUUGCUUCUGAGUAGCGCAGUGGUCUCUGUUGCUGCUGCUACGACGACGACGGUGGACGAUCAGCAGCACAUCCAAGUGACGCCCCCAACGCCAGCCAACAUUGCGCAGGCGGGCAUCUUUGUCGGCAACCACGGCCUGCGACGCAACCGACUGGACGAGCGCGAGCUGCUUGGCGAGGAGAACCGCAUGGACGAGUUGGACCAGCGGGUGCUGCUGCACAGCAAGGAGGCGAUUGAUCGGCUGCUCGCCAAGGUUCGCGCGGAUGUCGGCGAGAACGCGCCACAGCUGGACGUUGAAGACGCGCUGGCAGUGUUUGCCACGGUCCGAUUUGAAGCUGCCAUACGUGGCAAGGCGCCAAUCGACCCGAAGGAGCCCAUGACCGAGCGGGCCAAGCGCGAGUGGAACAAGAAGAAGAAGGAACACGAUCCCAAAGUGCUCAGGAACUACGAGGUCCUCGUCAGCGAUGGCCAUGGUCGCAGCAACCUGAACGAGAACAACCAGCAGCAGCAGCAGGAACAGGACCCACACCACGAAACGGAAGACAUCAUCUUCCGCAGACCAGAGUUCCCGGAUACAUUCACGCUGGAAGAUAUCGACCGCUGGGCCUGGAUGCACCUCAAGCUCGGCGAGCGAUUCGAGGUUGUCGGUCGCUUGGAUUUGGCCGUGCGCUUCUACAUGCAGGCAUCCCACAUCAAGGGCGGCUGGACCAAGGCUCUCAACCGUCUCGGUUAUGCCUACUCGGCAGACCCUACGCCCGACCAUCUGAGAUGGGCGCUGCAGGUCUUUUCAGACGCCGUCACCAACCAAAACAUGAAGCUGGGCGCCGACGCCAGCGAAACGUGCGUUGGCCUCUGCAGCAUUCUGCAUGCUCUUGGCCACAUUGAUCAUGCUGCACGCUGGUGUAAGCGAGCACUCGACGCCGAUCCCAGCAACACGGACGCAUGGAUUUUGCUGGGUGCCUCCACCUACAAGAUGGGCGACAUUGACGGUGCAAUCAGUGCUUUUGACAACGCACUCACGCUCGAUCGCAACAAUGUCCAUGCUACCUACAAUCUCGCCCGCUGCUUGGCCUUCCGCGGCGAAAACCCCACCGUCCGCAAACCCAGAAAGGAGCAGGAAGCGCCAGCAACCACGACGACAACAACAACAACAACCGUCGACUCGGACUCAUCCACCAAUGUUGACGCCGAUGCAGUUGCUGAUCAGCCUGAGACAUCUGCCGAAACGCCCGCAUCAACGACUGAAACCGGCGACGGCACGACCGUUGAAGAGGAAGACAAGGAGACGACGACGACGACGACGACUGUCGAUGAGCAGCAGCAGCCACCGGAGGAACGCGUCUAUCCGCCGCAGCCGGUCUGGGAAGAUCACUUUAUCGGUAGCCACGAGCCCGAUGUGCCCUCUCGCGCUCUUCGUGCAGACAACCAGACGCUCGACUUUGCCGAGGCGGUGGCCUUCUACCGCAAUGCCAUCAAGCUGGAUCCGGCAUUCACCCCGCCCUACGUCAACCUGAUGGCCCUGCUGGUGAAGUUUGACAAGCGGGACGAGGCGAUUGAGCUGUGCAAACAAGGCAUUGCCAACGAUGACACAGACCACCGGUUGCAUUUCAAUCUGGGCGCGCUUCUCACAGAGCGAGAAGACACACUUGACCAAGGCCUCGUCGAAUUGCGACGUGUGGUCGAGAUUGUGAAAGACUCACGCCCUGACGUGCACGCGUCUUUGGCAGUCAUCUACAAGCAGCUCGACAAACUAGACCUUGCUAUGGAGUGCAUGGAAACUGCGUCUCGUCUUGAUCCCGAGCGCUAUGAAAAGGUGCUCACCGCCUUCCGUGAGAGCCUGGCGCAGGCAAGCCACGCCACGAUGCAAGACAAGAAGGACGAGCUUUAAGCCAACAGGCAACGGACACAAAAAGCAACAGUAACAUUUUUUGUUUUUUGUGUUGUUGGUCGUUGUUUGGUUUUUUUGUUGUUGUUGUUUGCAUUUCAAAUACAAAGCUCGUUGAAGAAGCAAAUCCUG